UUCAAAAUUACGCGACAACCUACACACUCAUCUCCCGGUGCAUCGGGCACCAACAACAAUAAUACACCAAUGACACUUCCAGUUUUGGCGAAAAAAAUGAAGAAGCUGGCUUCACUGCAGUUCUUCAAUCUGAAACUUUUACUGAAUGGAGAAUCAAGUCGUGGCUUCUCAAAGUUUAAGAAGAACUAUAAGCUGAAAGCAGAGUUGGGAAGAGGUGGAUUCGGAGUUGUAUACAGAGCUGUCAGGACUUGUGAUAAUGCACUUGUUGCAGUGAAAUUCAUCGAGAGAAGCAAUGUUAAAGAAUGGGCAAGGAUAAACGGCGAACAAGUCCCAAUGGAGAUUUGCAUGCUCGCCAAAUGCUCAAAAGUGCGAGGAGUGAUUCGUCUUCUCGACUGGUACAGUAUCCCAGAAGGCUUCCUAAUUGUCAUGGAACGACCGUACCCUUGCAUUGACAUGUUCGAUUUUAUUAAGGGACAGGGAAAGAUUAGCGAAGAUAUGGCAAGAUUCUUGUUCAGACAAAUUGCAGUGACUGUUCAUGAAUGUGUUCAGAAUCGUGUACUUCAUAGGGAUUUGAAGGACGAAAACAUCGUGAUCGACUUGGUCACCGGCUCCACAAAACUCAUCGAUUUCGGCGCGGCCACCGUACUCCGAAGAAGCCAAUACUCUGAUUUCCAAGGAACCCGACUCUAUUGCCCACCUGAAUGGUUCUUACAUUCUCUCUAUCUUGGACGAGAAGCUGCUGUCUGGUCGUUGGGAGUACUCUUGUACAACUCACUCAACGGUCGACUACCAUUCAGAAAUGAGAAGGACAUUUGUACGGCACAUCUGUUGGGCCCACUUCCAUUCUUUGUUCCUGUUAGUGCAGAGGUUAAAGAUCUGAUUAGCAAGUGUCUGACAUUCGAUCCAUUCCAAAGAUGCUCUCUUGAAGCAAUUCUUAAUCAUCCAUGGGUCAAACAACAGACACUUUCAUGGGAUGCUUUGACAAAGAAUAAGGUUCAGAAGAAGACAUCGGAAUCUUCAGAUGACCAUCACAGCGAGACUCUCGGUGAUCACUCUGAAACCGAGGAGGACAGAAGCCCCCCGACCAGCAGCGUCUCCCAGCAGCCUGGCAGUGCUGAUGAAGGAGUCGGCCUAUCAGCGAGUUCUUCGAAUACGCACAACCAGAAAAAGCCGAACCACAAAGAGUUCCGAAUGGCGAAAACCUCCCUGCUCGCCCCACCCACCUCAAUCGAAAUGAAGGCAGCAGUUCAGGCAUCAAAAACGCCCACGCAGUUCAAUGUUCACACCGCAUUAAAGAAUCAGCGACAAAUCAAGAAGCAUCACAGCCCGCAGCCACCCAACUCUACCGUACUCACCGCGUUACGACGGGCAAUGUCAAGAGAGGCACAGAAUCGAAUUAGCGGCGUCUUCUCGCAGGACUAGUUUUGUUUCUGCUGGAAGUUAUCUUAAUUUUUUGAUUUGAAAAAUGUUUAUGUACAAAUUUGAAGUCCUUAAUCUUAACACAAAAGCCCCUUAGCUUUCUAUUUCCCCAGAAUUCUUUCAUUUUGUCGCUUUAGACCCCCCAAAUGCCCCCGACUUGCGAUACAAACUGUACCGGCAAACCAUUUUUUUCACUUGACCAAAUUUUUCUUUUUAUUGGGUAUUCCAUGCAUGAUAAUGACAGAAUCACAUUGUUCUUGACAAUUUGCAAAAUAAAACUUUUCCUUCG